UAAAGUUACGUAGUGGUAGUAUCGAUAUUUCAGUAUCGAUCCGCACAGCUCUAAGUUCAUGUGAGGGUAGACCUUCCGGUCCGACAUGGCGAGCCGCAACAAGGAUGUAGAAGAGGAGAUCUACGACAAGGUUCUGGACCUGACAGAAUACGCCAAACGGCAGCGAUGGUGGGACCGCCUGUUCGGGAAGAGCUCGGGUCCUGUAGCAGAGAAAUACUCUGUAGCCACUCAGAUUGCCUUGGGAGGAGUGAGCGGCUGGUGUGCAGGUUAUCUCUUCCAGAAGGUGGGUAAGGUUGCUGCUACAGCUGUAGGAGGAGGCCUGCUGCUGCUGCAGGUUGCCAACAACAGUGGUUAUAUCCAGGUGGACUGGAAGAGAGUAGAGAAGGAUGUGAACAAAGCCAAGAAACAGUUACAGAAAGGAACAAACCAGUCUGCUCCAGAACUAACCACUUUUGUUCAAAAGUCCAAAGAGUUUUUGAAGAAGAACGCUGUUGUCACAAGUGGCUUCGUUGGAGGGUUCCUGCUGGGUCUGGCCUCUUAGGRUCUGCCACAACACAAGUGUCCUGGAAUACCUAUUGUACACUUAAAGGUUUUAUUUUUUGUCUUUGGCAGCAAGUGGUUAUUUUCUGUUUCUCCUGAAGUCAUUUUAUCUGCAGAACAGAACAUGWUGUUCUGUCAGAAACACUGUAUUCAAACCAUCUGUUGGAUAAAUGACUGAAAGCUUUUAGAAACACACAGGUCAAUUGAAUGUUUUUGUUUUUCAUAUUUAAAGUGAGUUUGUGUAAAGUGUUGUAAUCAUGCACUCCUUUUAAAGCUCAACCCAGUUAAAUUGACCUUGUUUUACCGUUGAUCUCAUCAAACAUUUUUAAUGUUACUGUUGAGUGCUGAUGGAUGUAAACAUUAUGAUGCUGUGGUCACAGGUCCUACAUUGCAUUUGUGUGUUUUUGACUGAUUAAUUUGAUGCUUUAAGACUUUGGUUUGAACAUUCUGUAAGAAAAUAAAGAUGCAGGAAUGAGUUAAA